AUGGCUUCUCCAAGUGCGCUGGUUUCAAGCCCCAAGGUUGCGGCCCUCCUCAAGAGGCUCCACGGAGAGUCUGGAGCCCAGGAAUCCUCGUUCUCCGUCCUGUCAUUCUGGCUUCGCAAGAAGAUAAUGACCAUGAUCUUUGGGAACCGUAGAUGGAACUCUGCUGAUGACGACUUCAUGAGAGACAAAUAUAUCUGUCUAGAGGCCGACAAAAGUGAACUUGUCUAUCUUUUAGCGAGAUCUACCGGUGCUCUAAAUAUCGUGGAAGCAGGUACAAGCUUCGGCGUCUCGACUAUAUACCUUGCUCUCGCAGCUGGACAGAACGCUGCAGCCAAAGCAUCUGGGUCCAUAACACCGGGACAAGGUGCUCAAGUCUUUGCAACGGAAAAUGAACCUACCAAGGCGAAGAAGGCGAAGGAGCAUUGGAAGGAGGCUGGGGAAGAGGUGGAGCCCUGGAUUACCUUGCUGGAAGGCGAUCUUCGCGAAACACUACCGGAUCAAAUGAAGAAGGUCGAUCAAAUUGAUAUGUUAUUGUUGGACAGUAUGUUGACCCCAAUUCUUCGCUCACCCUUUCAUCACGAUUUGCUAAGUCAAUAUAAUAUAGUCUGGACUCCAAUGGCUCUCCCAGCACUCAAAGCAGUUCAACCAAAGCUCCGUACGGGCGCACUUAUCAUUGCAGACAACACUGUCAUGGCUCGAAGUGACUACAAGGACCUAUUUGAUUAUAUGGAUGACCCUAAGAACGGCUUCAGGCACAUGACGACCCCGUUCAAGGGUGGGUUGGAAGUUAUUGUCUACCUUCCUUAA